AUCAAACUCUCGUCGUUGCAUUGAAAAGAAAGCGCCAUUUUAAGUUGUAACCCUCAAGAAAAGGGCAGAUAAAGGCAAAACCCAUUUCGGUUUCUAGGAAUUCAGGGGUUGUUUGUUUCACUCGUUUGCAUUGCUGGUAUCGGAAAAUCGACAGAGGGAGAGAAAAUGCCGGGAGAUAGGAAGAUUGGGGUGGCCAUGGACUUCUCCAGUAGCAGCAAGCUCGCUCUUCAAUGGGCGAUAGAUAAUCUGGCUGACAAGGGAGACCUCCUUUACAUCAUCCACAUCAAAUCUAGCUCGGGUGAUGAGUCUCGUGACGUUCUCUGGACCACCCACGGUUCUCCUCUCAUUCCCCUGACGGAGUUUCGUCAACCAGAGAUCAUGAAAAAGUACGGUGUCAAAACAGAUAUCGAAGUUCUCGAUAUGCUCGACACUGCUUCCAGACAGAAAGAGGUGAAGAUUGUGACGAAACUGUACUGGGGAGACGCGAGAGAGAAGCUGUGCGAAGCGGUUGAAGAUCUGAAGCUGGACUCUCUGGUUAUGGGAAGCAGGGGUCUGAGUACCAUCCGAAGGAUAUUAUUGGGGAGUGUGACCAACUAUGUGAUGACGAACGCAACUUGUCCUGUUACCAUCGUCAAGGAUCCAAGCUCCCACAAGCAGUGAUUAUAAAAAUUUGGAUCCAAUUGCAACUUAUACCUAUAAUUUCCAGUAUUGUAGUGUUUACUGUUUUAAUGCGCUCUGAAUUUGUUCUCUGGAUGGUGUCUCAGAUUGACUGGAUGGCCAAAUGAUUGUUAUACCUUCAUUAUGUAAAAUAAUGGAUUUGCUUGCGGGCUUCUGUCCGGUUAAUUAUAUUAUAUCUGUGCUUGAAAUCACUACCACCA